AUGAACAAUUGCACUAGAAAAGGAAUAGACUCAUCAGAUUCAUUUAUAUCACAAAAUAUAAAAGAAAAUGAAUCAAUUAACUAUUCAAAUUUGGGACUAAAGAAUAUUAAUGGUACAGAUUGCUUUGCAAACUCAAUUAUUAAAUUAUUAUUAUAUUGUGAAGGUUUAAAGAAUUACUUUUUAAAUGAAAAUAAAAUAAAAUGCAAUUUGGUAAAAAUUCCAUCAAGUUCAGUAGACACAGAAAUUACAAAUGAAAUAAAAAAUCUAUUUAUCAUUUACUAUAAAAAGAAAUCACCAAUUUCAGAGUCUCAUGCAAAACUUUAG